GUUUCACAAAAUAUUUUUCCCAAACAUGAAAAGAGAUGAUAUCCAGUUAUCCACUCAGCCAGGAGACAUCGUGCUGGGAAAUGGCGAUAUCGCUAAAGUUACUUCCUUCAUCACCACCCGCUCCUUCUCUCCCACCCUUCACCAAACCCCACUCCCAAAUUUUCCGACUAAACCACCGGUGUUUCACCAAUAUAUCCUUCGCAACCUUCAAGAACAGCAACUCUCUGCCGGAGACGGUUUGCCCUGUCCCGCUGGAGCAGCAGCCAGUUAACGAAUUCAAGGCUUUGUCGGAAUCAUUCCCUUUCUCUUGGGCCUCCGGCAACCUAACCGACUAUAGCUCGCGGUUGUUCGUCACCGGAGCUUCGUUUGCGCUCUUAGUGGGCCUGCCCGUUCUGUGGUUCGGGUCGGUUGGACCCGAGUCGGACCCUUUGAAGGCGCUGUUGGGUGCUGCUUCUAGCGGGCUUAUCGUGGUCACUCUCGCUGUUGUGAGGAUGUAUCUGGGAUGGGCCUAUAUUGGUGACCGCUUGCUCAGUGCCACUGUUGAAUGUAUGGUUUUGUUUUGUGAUUCUUGAUUCUUGCUAGGUCUCUUUAUUUUCCGAAGGUUUGGGUGAAGACUCCUGAAAUGUUGGCACGGGACCGGCUCUUGGGUUCAUUUUCUGUCAAGCCAGUCCUUGCUAGAUUAAAGAACACCUUUGUGGUUCUUGCGACUUGUUUAGUUCUAUGUGCUGGCCUUAUAUCUGGUGAGAGCACCCAAAGGGUCAUCCCUUCAUCGACUGCUCAAGAUGCUGGUAGUAGAUCUUUUCUUCCCCGUGUUUACAGUGACGAGUCCGCAAAGUUAUUUGAGCCAGAUAUAUUUAAUAGUGAGCCUGACCUUAAUUAGUUCAUAGCAGGAUCACCCCCACUUGUUAAAUAGUUGUUUGUAAAUGGCAGUACUACAUAUAUAACUUCAAUCUCUUUUGUACCGAGAUUCAACCUAUCUUCUAUCCGCUCUUUACUGAAGAAAAGUUAGGAAACCUGUGGACCUACUAUAGAAUCAAAUGAAAUGAAAUGCAAUUUUAUCAUAAUCCUUAAUCAUUGGGAUCCAUA